UAAUAAUUAAAUAUUGUAAAUCCGAAUUUAUUGUCUUAAAAACUAACAUGUAUUUGAAAAAUAUUAUACUGUUUCUCAGCGUGGCAUUAUACUUUUUGCAAUGUCACGGUGCUUACCCAACCCCUGAAGAACUUGAAACUAUUAAAAACAUUGUCAAGGAAUAUGGAGAGCCAAAUGGCAUAAACAUUGAAGAAAAUGAUGAUCUAACCAUAAACUUGAAUGGUGUAAAAGAUAUCAUUAAAGAAGUAGCAGAGCGCCUCAACAUACACAAAGCACCUCCCAGUCUUGUUGAAUUGCAAACGUCAUUAUCAAACUAUAAAUUCACAUUGAGCGAUGUUAAAUAUUACGUCGAAAACUACUCAGGAUUAACGGUGUUGAGACCGGAAGUAAUUGCAAUAGUAGAACUGCUAUUCUUUUUUUGUGAAAAGCCAAAUGGUAUAAACUUUGAAGACUUAAGUGUACUUCUUGGCGAGAUACAGGAGGCAUAUGCGAAUUUAGUUGCCGAAUUUCGAUAUAUUGAUGAACCGAAAACUGCAAUACCGUAUAAAAUGGCAAACUUAGAAUACAAAUUUACUAGGAAGGAAGUUGAAUCCAUCGUCAUUGAUUAUUUGUUUUCUGGAUAGAUAGAUAUAGUUAUGAACUUUUAUUAAACCAAUAUGUUUAUGUAUGUCGUUUGUCAUGUACAAAUGUAGUUUUGAUUAAAUAAUAAAUCA